AUCGUGUUCUGGCAGCAGGACUGGCGGCUUUGGCGCUCUUGGUGUUGGGUGGGCGGCAUUUGGGGGCACACAUGAGCCAGUGGCAUUGUGGCCGGGGCGGCUGGGGUCACGAACGCGUCUUUUCUGGACGUUCCAAAGCCAAGAAAAAAGGCGGAAACCGCAUCCCCGAAAGGUGGAAAGACUAUCUCCCAAUUGGACAGCGGAUGCCUGGGACUCGUUUCAUUGCUUUCAAGGUUCCUUUGAAAAAGAGUUUUGAAGAGAAACUUGCCCCAGAAGAACGUUUUUCUCCCUUGGAUCUUUUAAACAAAAUCCAAGAACAGAAUGAAGAACUUGGACUGAUUAUUGAUUUAACAUAUACUCACCGCUAUUAUGAACCAGAGGACUUACCAGAAACUAUUCCUUAUUUAAAAAUUUUUACAGUUGGACAUCAGGUGCCUGAUGAUGACACUAUUUUAAAAUUCAAACAUGCCGUUAAUAGGUUUUUGAAAGAAAAUAAAGAUAACGACAAACUUAUUGGUGUCCAUUGUACCCAUGGUUUAAACAGAACUGGCUACCUCAUUUGCAGAUAUUUGAUUGAUGUAGAAGGCAUGAGGCCAGAUGAUGCAAUUGAAUUAUUCAAUAGGUGCCGGGGACAUUGCUUAGAAAGACAAAACUACAUUGAAGACCUUCAGAAUGGUCCCAUCAGAAAGAAUCGGAAUUCCAGUAGAUCCAGAUCAAGUAACUUUAAAGACUCAACACAUAUGAUGGAAACAGUCCAUACCAGGCAUAAGUCUGUUAAACAAGGAUCAAGGAAUCACCUGCAUCGGACCCACGGUUAUGCAGUAACUCCUCAUCAUUUCCACACUCAUACCCAAGCUUUGCAGCAGUCAGUAAGACAAUUUCCAUGGAAUCAGAACAUUUACCAGGGAAGCUAUAUUCCUCCUCCUCCGCCUGGUCCCCCUGGAGAGGACUUUUCACAUCAGAGAUACUCUUGGAAUGUAAUGCCAAACACCAGUCAAGCAGCCCAGAAUAAAAGAUGCCCUGACAGUUAUUAUAGACUACCCUAUCCAACCUAUUAUGGAUGGACUGAGUGACAAAAUCUUCCCUGGAGAUCUUUCUGGAACUGAACAGGACUGAAGACAGUUGGAGUGAUUUUUUUGUAAGAUGAAGGUUUACAAUCCGUAAAUUGUUCCCUUACGUGUUCAAGCUUAAAUAAAAAUUAUAUUGGUACUUCUUUACUGACAGAUUUAUAGUAGUUACAACAGUGAAGGAGAUAUCUGCUGUUCUAGUCUUAAAUUUUUUUAAAGGAAGAUAUUUUAGAACUGAUAAGAGUAAUACUUCCCCUGUAAAUUAUUGUUCAAAGUUCUGUCUUCUUUUUCUAUGUAUCUCCAUCUGAAUAGACUUGUGAUAUGAGUGAAUGUAUAUACACUUGUAUUGUUUUUGUCAUAUUCUGUUGACCCAAUCAACAGUAUCUUUUUCCUCAACUAUAUAAAACUUUUAUUAAAGUACCUAGGAGACAGUAUAUUUAAAGUCUAGUCACUCCUUGCAUUUUUGUGAUAUUUCUUUCCUUUAUCAAUCAGUCUGUUGUGAGAUUUGACCAGCUUCCUUUAACUGAAUUGCCAGAUAGGCUAUUUAACACAGGGGUAGUGAGUAAACAUUUAAGCUUGAUUAACUGGACAAGAGAGACUGACUGAUAAGUCAGAAUACUGGAUAAUUUACCUGACAAGGUAAUUAGCAGCUGGCUAGAAUUAUUCAGUAAAACUUGAAAACUUUUAUAUACUAUAAGGAUUGCUUGUUAAAUAUGACAUUUAAAGCCUGGGAUAUUUGGGAAGACUUCAUGGCUCCUAUGUUAUUGCUUCUCUACUGAAUGUAACCUGCUGGAAUUUUUAUCUUCUUGCAUCUCAUAGCAGAGUGGUGCCUUGAUUUUGACUUUUUUAAAGUUUUCCCUUCUGAUGUUUCAGUGUGCUAGAACUUGGGAAUGUUUGUUACAUGUCAUUGCAGAAGUCAGAAACUUUUGUUUGCUCUACCAUCUUGACACAUUGGUAGAUAUUUGUGGAAUAUUUGAGCAGUGUGACUUCAUUUUCUAAAGCCUGUGAUUUUGAGGAUUUGUAUCACAGAAUGUCUGUUAGUACAUGUGAUAGUUAUUUUCUCUUUUCUGUAUGAACAACAUGUGGAACCAGACCCAAGGAAGUGCUCCUAGCUCAGUCACUCCCUGCUCUGUAUCUAGCUCACUCAUGCUGCUACCUUUCACCCAAGUGAUGGCUUAUGAUGUUUCCCGGUCUGCUAAAGGCUAGUUUUGUGGAAUUGUUCCCCAGGAUAUAUCGCAAAGGCUCACUUGGAAAGAAAUUGGGCAAGACAACUGAUGAAGCAACAAUGAACAAGCAGAAGCAGGUAGGGGAUCCUGAUAGUUCAGUGAUUUCUAAGGAAUUCCUUGGCAAGCAGUUUCUAAGAAGACAUUGCCAACAUAAGUGCCAUCAUAGAAGCACUGCCAUCUUGAGAACUUUUUUUUAAAGAUUUAUACAUACAAGAACUGGAA